ACCCAAUAGCGUCAAACGAUUUCUCCGCCACCAGCCUCCGUAAUUCCCAAUCCCCGUUACCAAACACUCCCUCUUUUUCCUCUUCCCCAGAAACAGAGAAAAAAAAAAGGGGAAAAAAAUCAACUGAGAUCAGGAACUAAAAAUCACGAAUACAAAAAACCUAAUCAAAUACUGCAUCUUCUUCAUUUUCUUCCUCUUCGUCAUCAUCGUCUUCUUCUUAACUGCGUGCCUCUAUCAACCUCGGCAUUUGCCUAUUGAUUUGUCGAAACUGCUUGAUUUCUCAUCGAUGUUAACCUAGGGUUCUUAUUAAUUUUCGCUUACCUGUGUUCUGAAUCUAACUUACCUUCCCUUCUUUUCCCUCUAGGGUUUUGUUCUUCCUCCCCUUGUGUGUCUUCGUUUUUGUAGUUUUCGAUUCGUUCCUCUCUGAUUUCUUCUCCGGCCAUUUUUUUUUUGGCGCUUUAAUCUUCCGCAAUCGAUUAGUUUCUUUCAAUUUACUGUUUCGGGUUUUUGUUAGAUACGAUAUGACACGGACACCGAAGGUUCUGUUUGGCUCGUAGGAGAUAUUUCCCCAUUCCCGUGAAUUCGAAGCAUAAUAGAAUCUGAGGGUGUCAUCAUAGCAACCGAAAACAAUUUGGAAAGCUGAUUUGAUGGUUGUAUUGGUCUGUAUGCGCUCGAACGUAGUUUCUAUCAGUUAGACACAGAGGGUUGAUCCCUAGUGGUGGAGGUACGGUCGUGUAGAAGGUUGGUGAAGGAUAAGGGUGAGAUUUGCAUGGGCGAGCAUGAAGGUUGGGCGGCGUCACCGCCAUCUAGUGGCGUAUUGCCAAACGGUCUAUUGCCGGGCAAAGCCGCGUCGGUGACAAGGCUGCUCGACGCCGAGCGGUGGGCGGAAGCGGAGGAGAGAACCGCCCAGCUCAUCGCCUGCAUCCAACCCAAUCCGUCCUCCGAAGACCGCCGCAAUGCUGUUGCCAGAUAUGUCCAGAGGCUUAUCAUGGAAUGCUUCCCUCGCCAGGUGGAGGUCUUUACUUUUGGAUCUGUACCAUUGAAGACUUAUUUGCCUGAUGGCGACAUCGACUUAUCUGCCUUCAGCAGAAACCAAAAUUUGAAGGAUUCAUGGGCUCAUGUGGUUCGUGAUAUGUUGGAAAAGGAGGAGAAGAAUGAGAAUGCUGAAUUCCAUGUCAAAGAAGUCCAGUACAUUCAAGCAGAUGUGAAGAUAAUCAAGUGUCUUGUGGAGAAUAUUGUGGUAGACAUAUCUUUCAACCAAGUUGGAGGGAGGAUUCCUGGGCUCAUCUGGUUCGUG